GCGUGACGGUUGAGUGUUGACCGCACCAGGGGACUUAUCAUUGGACAACUUUAUUUACGACGGUCUACACGUCCGUUUGUGUCGUUUGUGUCGUUUGUGUGUCCGUGAUGUGUAGGGAGCGUAAUGUCGUCGAGACCUUCGACCAGCGUCAGCAUGAGUCCCGAGACGCACAUGAGCUUGAGUCCCGAGAAGCACAUGCGCUUGGCAAAACCGUUUUCACCUUGUGCAACAUCGGUGCGGCAUCAUGACGGUGAAACGUGGAUCGACGAAGCAGCCAAGGAGGACUUCGACGAGGACCCACGGAUGUCCAUCAAACCGUACAUGAACCGGCAUCUCGACGAAUGGAACGAUAAUUAUUGGAAGGCGAUGGAGCGUGUCUACCCUUGGGCAAACCAUUACAAGUUUGCCAACAUGUUAGAGUUCGAGAGCCUCAUUGCACUGCCUGAUGGUGUCCUCCAGCGAAAGACCCUGGACGAUAAGGGUAAGCCGAUCCGCUACCGUACCAGCUUCAGACGUCGCCUCGGUUGCGAGUACAUCACAUCUUCGCCACAAACUUGGGGAAGUUCGCAGAAGCAAGAGUUGGUGGACUGCGCUCGUGAUUGUUCAUUCUUGGAACACUACCCACCCCGUUGCCCAGGGACUUCUUCACAAGCUCUAUCGUACUGUUGUGUGCGGUUGAUGGAUGACGGAUGUCCUUUCGCCAGAGUGCUAUGUGUGGCUUCUUCAAGCAAAAGUAGGAAACUUGUGGACGCGGUUGUGCUUGUGUCACGCAACGAGAUGGUGCUUCAGGGAUCCAAGUUCAAGCCGGUCAUGUCUCGCCCAGAUGUAGAUGGGCGGUCAGACUUGACGAGAGCAGGUCAGGGAUCCAAGUUCAAGCAUGUGAUGUCUCCCCCCGAUGUAGAUGGGCGGUCAGAGUUCGUGAGAGCAACUCGGGUGAGAUGUUUAUCAUUGUGGCAUGAGGUGGAAGAGAAAGUGUCCGACAUACGAGACUGUAUAGGGAAUUCCUUAGCACGAUCAGGAGGGUUUGUCAGGAUGAAAUACAUGUCCGUGUUUUCGGAGAAUGCAACUGUCCACGAACCGCAGAGCUACGUAUAUGGAUCAUCUACGAAUGCCAUGUAUGGUUUCGGUUCACGACCUCGUCCGCGAGAAACCCCAUAUGUCAUAAGAUACGAACGUGUGGUCAUACCUUGUGUUUAAGGGCGAUUGUAAUUCUAAUGAACUCUUCUGGUUUUA